AAAAAAAACUAAUACGAAAAAAAGAGAAUGAAACAAAUGACGUGUAAUCUUAGGAAGCCCUUGAUAUCUGCGUGUAAUGUCUGGCUCCAAGCCCGCGAGAAGAAGCCAGACCGACUCAGGGUCAAUUAAGAGAGAGAGAGAGAGGGAACAGAGAGAGUUGUUUGAAUAAAAAUGACGGUUGAGAAGGGAAGGUACUGUGUAACAGGGGCUGGCGGGUUCGUUGCGUCGUGGGUCGUUAAGCUUCUGCUUUCCCAGGAUUGCACUGUCCACGGCACCGUUAGAGACCCCAGCAAUGACAAGUACGCCCACUUGAAAAAACUUGACAAGGCAUCUGAGAACCUUAAACUAUUCAAAGCCGACUUGUUGGACUAUGAGUCCCUUUGUGCAGCGAUUCUAGGAUGCGACGGAGUGUUUCAUGUUGCUAGUCCAGUCCCCUCCACCACUGUGCCAAAUCCUGAGGUAGAAGUUGUUGAACCUGCCGUGAAGGGAACACUUAAUGUACUUAAAGCAUGCCUUGAAGCAAAAGUCAAACGGGUUGUUUUUGUGUCCUCUGUUGUUGCUGUGAUCAUGAAUCCUAGGUGGUCUGAAGGUCAAUUGUUGGAUGAAACUUGUUGGUCGGAUAAGGAAUACUGCAGAAAAACUGAGAAUUGGUAUAGUCUUUCAAAAACUUUAGCAGAAUGGGAGGCUCUGGAGUUUGCAAGAAGAAAUGGGCUUGACUUGGUAACUAUUUGUCCUACACUUAUUUUGGGGCCAAUUCUGCAGUCCACUGUAAAUACAAGUACCUUGGUCCUCAUCGAGCUUUUGAAAGAAGGGUUGGAAAACAAGGUCCGAAUGAUAGUUGAUGUGCGGGAUGUAGCUCAAGCAGUCCUUCUGGCGUAUGAGAAGCCUGAGGCUGAAGGAAGAUACAUGUGCACCGCCCACUAUAUCAAGUCAAGAGAUCUCGUUGAGGAGCUGAGGAGCAUUUAUCCUGACUACAAUUAUCCUAAGAACUUUAUUGAAGUAGAAGAACAGCAGCGGUUGAGUAAUGAGAAACUGCAGAGGCUGGGUUGGAGUGUCCGGCCAUUGAAGGAGACGCUCAUUGACUCUGUUGAAAGCUACAAAAAGGCUGGAAUCUUAGAUUGAAAAGAUACUACAUGCCCUGAACCCAUCUUACAAAGAGGAAAGUUUGGCUUGUUGCAAUUAGCUUGGAGUCCACCCUAUUAUAUAUGUUACGUUUCUGUCUUUAGCUAAUGAUAGUUAUUCUUAUACUUCAUAUCUUUUAUGUUAUCUUUUCUAUUUGUUGGGAGAGUAUAGUGCUUUGGCUUUAGCCUUUAUGUUGCUAUUCUUUGACUUGUUCGAGUUUUAGUUACCAAUUAGAUAAGGUGUUUAUGUUGCUAUUCUUAUUUAGUGAAAUUUGUUGUUGAUUAGGUUUCAAUAAUGAAUGAUGAUACGGCACAAUUAUUUGGACUCUUUCAAUUAGAAUCUUCUAAUAAUGGAUGACAAA